UGUUAUUUUCUUAUCUUUAAAAUUUUAUGGAGUCACUUGUGACUCCAUAAAAUUUUAAAUUUCAGUGAGUACCAUUUCCUAUGGGUCUGCGAUUCGAGACUGUAUAAAACCAUUAUCAGUAAAAUCAGAGAUAAUUUUGAGGAAACGUGAGUAUCAAUAAGACAGGUUUCUUCUACGAAAAUUGAGGUUAUGUUCGAGUCCAAACUCACAUGUUCGUUUCUCUCAAUUGUCCGAGUGAAAGUGGCAACAAUAAACCGCUAGACGAGAUAAUAAACACUCUUCUCUUAAAUAAUAAAACACAUAAGAAUAAAUACAGCCAGUGUGAAGACGAAAGAAAUUCUUCAAUUCAAAACUAUAGUUAAAAAAAUUGUCAUCAUCCUAAGAAAACUAUAAAUCCCGUUUCUCAAUCCCUCAAAAGCAGUCGACUCCUCAAUAAUAUCUAAUUUCUAAUUAAUUAAAAAAUCCAUGAAAUGAUACAACCACCCCCAAAACCAAUUCAUAUUCCCCCCACAAGAGUAAAUAUCAAAGUGAGUAAAGCCACCUAAAAUAAAAAAUAAAGAGUUCGAUACCCAACGUACCUAUUUAAUCACUUGUAAUUAAUUUAAAAUGGGCAAAAAAGGCUACAAUUGGCGUGCACGAAGUGUUCCCCAGGUGACAAUCGACGUCAAAACUUGCAAAGACAUUUCCAUCGAUUUGAACCACCGAAAAGACAACUACGAUGAGUGCAAUACUCAAGUGCUGCCCAGUAAAAAACGAAAAACGAUCAAAAAGGAUAAAAAUCCGCAAAAGGUGAAACUCCUCUCCAAAAAGCAGCGCAAACACCUGGAGAAAGUGUUGGAACGAAAGGAGAAAAAGCAGAAGAGGGCGACUCUCCUGGAGGAUUUGGCUAAAGUCCAGGCAACUCCAGAGGAGCUGAAGCAAUACGUCUCCAUCACUUGCGUGCAAACAAAAGGUCUUAAACGUCAAAGAGAUGAGGAUACCUCUCACAAAUUGAAAUCCCCACGAAUUCCUAAUGAGGACGAUACAGAAGAGAUAGUAAAUGCAAUUAAAGGGAGUAAAAAGCAGAGGCUACAGGCAUUACAACAAGAAUCAUCACCACAGAGUUCAGAUCCCAAUGUCAUCGGUUACGAGGCAUCAGAGAGUGACGACGAUGUUUCAAGUGAGGAUGAAUCUUCACCGGAAGAUUCUACAAUUCUUAAAUCUUCUCCUCAGGCCUUACAAUUAAUAAAAGCGUCUCCAGAAGUUUCUAAAUCUGCAAAUUCCUCUCCAAAAUCUCCAGGGAUUACACCAGCCUCUCCAGACACCUCUUCAGCAUCAAUAAAUUCUAGAAAACUCCUGGAACCACAUGCAGAUCGUAAACCAGCUGUUUUCGUCUCUCUAAAUCGCACCCCAGAUAUCCAAAAAGCCAGACUGAAGCUUCCAGUUCUCGCAGAGGAGCAGAUGAUCGUCGAAGCCAUAAAUGAGAACCCGGUGGUUAUAAUAACUGGAGAGACAGGCAGUGGUAAAACAACACAAGUCCCUCAGUUCCUUUACGAGGCAGGAUACGCCAGGACCAAGAUGAUUGGUAUAACUGAACCCAGAAGAGUCGCUGCCAUUUCCAUGUCCAAACGAGUCGCCGAGGAGAUGAAUCUCUCAAACUCUGAGGUCUCUUAUCUCAUUCGUUUUGAGGGAAAUACCACAUCAGACACUAAAAUCAAAUUCAUGACUGAUGGAGUUCUCCUGAAGGAGGUACAGUCUGAUUUUCUCCUGGGGAAGUACUCCGUUAUUAUUCUCGAUGAGGCACACGAGAGAAGUGUUUAUACGGAUAUUCUCAUUGGACUUCUCUCCAGGAUUGUCCCCAUGAGGGCCAAGAGAAAUGAUCCUCUCAAGUUGAUUGUUAUGUCAGCUACUUUGAGGGUCGAGGAUUUUUUGGAGAACACUCGGCUUUUCAAGGUGAAACCUCCACUGCUCAGGGUUGACUCUCGUCAGUUUCCCGUUACAAUUCAUUUCAAUAGGAGAACUAGUCAGAAUUAUGUUGUGGAUUCUGUUAAGAAAGCUGUGAAGAUCCACACGAAAUUGCCUGAAGGGGGAAUUCUUAUUUUUCUUACUGGACAGCACGAGGUAAAUACUGUUGUCAGGAAGCUGAGGAAAACGUUCCCUUACAGGAAGAAGACAUGGGAGAAGAGGAAGGGUGCAAAAGAGGCAGUGCAGAAAAGGGGAGGAAAUGAAGGGAACAACCAAGAUAAAGAAGGAGAAUCAGAGGAUCACGAUGGUACAGAUGAGGAUGAGAAUUUUCACCCUGAGAGUGCAUUGAGUCGACUGAAACGCAAGUUAAAAUCAAAAGCAGUUGCGAAGGAUUUGCCAGCGAUUAAUUUGGACGACUACUCAUCGAUUCCCACGGAUGAUACCCAGGAGGAUCUCUUCUCUGAGGACGAGGAUAUUCACCUCGACGCCGACGAGGAGGAUGACGAAUUUGCUUUAGAUCUGCAUGACGUCACCACGUCCCAACCCAUGUGGGUUCUGCCUUUGUAUUCGUUGUUGCCUGCCCAUAAGCAGGCCAGGGUGUUCCAGCCGGUGCCAGAAGGGUGCAGGCUGUGCGUUGUAUCAACGAACGUUGCUGAGACGUCACUCACAAUUCCAAAUAUAAAGUACGUGGUGGACAGUGGACGCUGCAAGACGAGGAUGUACGACAAGGUAACUGGGGUGAGCACCUUCAGGGUCACGUACACCAGUCAGGCAGGUGCAAAUCAGAGGGCAGGUAGGGCUGGGAGAAUGGGUCCUGGCCACUGCUAUCGCCUUUACUCGUCAGCAGUCUUUAACGAUCAAUUCGAGAAAUUCUCGGUCCCUGAGAUCCAGAGAAAACCAGUCGAUGAUCUUCUCCUGCAGAUGAAGGUCAUGAAUAUCGUCAAGGUAGUGAAUUUUCCAUUUCCUUCGCCUCCAGAUGCCACUCAAUUGGUGACUGCGGAGAAUAGAUUGAGAAUCUUGGGAGCCCUUGAGGAUUCUGGUGAGAAGUACUCUGGAAAAGUGACGAAACUGGGAAAGAGUAUGUCAGCCUUCCCAGUGGCUCCGAGAUUCGCAAAAAUGCUCGCAAUUUCCCAGCAGGAGAAUCUUCUGAGGUUCACCAUCUGCAUGGUGUCAGCGCUGUCGGUGCAGGAACUGUUGAUCGACGGUAGAUCUGCAGGAGAGAGUGCACCCGAUGACAAAAACUCCUCGAAGAAGUGGUUACAAACUCGAAGAUUUUGGGCGGGAGCUGGGAACAAUCUUCUCCUGGGAGAUCCGAUGGUCCUGAUUCGAGCAGUUGGAGCUGCUGAGUACUCAGAAGCCAGUGGCAAGCUCCAGGCGUUCUGCGAGGAUAAUGGAAUUCGUCCAAAGGCCAUUGGGGAAGUAAAAAAGCUGCGACAUCAGCUAACCAAUGAGAUUUCCCUGAAUAUCCCUUGCAUGGGCGUCAGCAUCGAUCCCAGGAUGUUGCCUCCCACAGACCACGAAGCUAAACUUCUCAGACAGAUUGUUCUCGCAGGAAUGGCUGAUCAGGUCGCCAGGAAAAUGUCCCCAGAGGAAGUGAAGGAUGAGGACAGGUCGAAAUUCAGAUUUGCCUACAAGACGAUGGAGAUGGAGGAGCCAGUGUUCAUGCACACGAGUUGUGUCCUGAGAAGGACAGCUCCUGAAUGGGUGGUAUAUCAGGAGAUUUAUGAGACAAAUAAAAUUUAUAUGCGGGGAGUGACUGCUAUUGAGGCUGAGUGGCUUCCAAAAUUUGUCCCUGGAUUGUGCAGGAUGGGGGAACCCCUCGUUGAACCUUCCCCCAGGUGGGACGAGACCAGUGGAAAGGUUCUCUGUCAUGUCGGGGGGACAUUUGGAAGGGCUGGGUGGGAGCUACCUAUUAUGGAGAUUGAGUACCCGAAGGGAAUUGAAGCUGUCAGGUGGUUCGCCAGGUUUUUACUGGAGGGAAAAGUCUGUGGAAAACUCCAAAGGUUCGUUAAGGUCUUAUUGUCGAAUCCCAGUUGUAUCAACAAGUCGUGGGCUAAACUUUUACCCAGGACUGAGGGAAUCACCAGGAGUUUACUUGCGAAGGGUGUUAUGAACAGGGAAAGGCUAAUCGAGGUUUGGGGAGAGGAUAGAGGAUUUUUACUGCAAAGCUACAAGAAGUGGCUUCCUGAGGCUGCACAUCCCGAACUUUCGGCUAUGUGGCCUCCAGUGUGAUGGGCGAAAAAAAUCUAGUGAUAUAAAACGAUUUUAUUGAAUUUAUCUCUGAAUAUCUCAGAAAAAAUAAUCGAAGACUUGAAAAAAAAUUACUGGUUGGU